GGUUAUCACAGUAGCUUGGUUAGUUAGCUAGCCACGAAAAGCUUGGCCGUGUAUCCGCAAUUUACAGUUUUAUUCCUCUUAAAGUACUUUCAGGAUUGCGCGUUGCUAUUUAGUUAUUGUCUUCUCACGCCUGCAAGAAAGGAUAAUCGCCGGACAUUGUGUUUGCACGGAUCCCAAUGAUGAGUUAUGCUGAAAAGCCAGAAGACAUCACAAAAGAAGAGUGGAUGGAUAAAUUAAAUAAUGUUCAUAUACAGAGGGCGGAUAUGAAUCGGCUCAUUAUGAAUUACCUGGUGACAGAGGGAUUCAAAGAGGCUGCUGAGAAGUUUCGGAUGGAGUCUGGGAUCGAGCCAAGUGUGGACCUGGACUCUUUGGAUGAAAGGAUAAAGAUUAGAGAGAUGAUCCUGAAGGGACAGAUACAGGAAGCUAUUGCACUCAUCAACAGCCUACACCCAGAGCUGCUUGACACCAAUCGAUACUUGUAUUUUCAUCUGCAGCAGCAACAUUUGAUUGAGUUAAUCAGGCUAAGGGAGACUGAGUCAGCGUUGGAGUUCGCCCAGACACAGCUGGCCGAGCAGGGGGAGGAGAGCCGCGAGUGUUUGACAGAGAUGGAGAGAACAUUAGCCCUUCUGGCCUUUGACAACCCAGAAGAGUCGCCCUUUGGAGAUCUGCUCAACAUGAUGCAGCGACAAAAGGUGUGGAGUGAGGUGAACCAAGCUGUGCUGGACUAUGAAAACAGGGAAUCGACGCCCAAACUGGCUAAACUCCUGAAGUUACUGCUGUGGGCACAGAAUGAGCUGGACCAGAAGAAGGUGAAAUAUCCCAAAAUGACUGACCUUAGCACGGGCACCAUCGAGGACCCCAAGUGAACAUGACAGACGAGAACAACCAACUUCCACGUCCCCUUAAUUUAUGAUCAGUCAGUGACUGUGUGACAACCAGGUAACAUAUGUGUAUAAACAAAUGCUACAUUGUUUUUUCAUGUUUCAUUCAUGAGAGGUAAGAUUAAAUCAUUGUGCAAACUGUAAAUUGCUGUAUUUGCAAAUUGACAGAAAUUAUUUAGUUUAAAUACCGAUCCAGGAUUUUUAGAUAGAUCUUGGAGACAAAAAAAUUCAAAUAGCUGUUUUAUAUUUUGUCUCUCUAAAGCCUAAGCAGUACUAUUAUUUAUUGUGACCAUUUCCCCACCAAGACAUUAUUUUGCCAGAAAGCCAGAAAGAGAGUUGAUGGUAUAAAUGAACAAUGUUAAUACUGUGGCGUGUGUGGAGCUAAAAGCUGAGCUCCUCAGGAUGGAGGGAAGUAUAACUAAUGGUUUAAACUUUGAAACAACAGACACACAAUUUCCCUUUUUUCUUUUUUUAAAUGAAGAUAUGUUUAAAUUGAGAUGGCAUACUGCAAGAGUCUAGAUAGUUUCAAAACAGAAAUAUGUUUAAAAUUUAAAUUUCAUACACAAAAUGUGAGUAUUUUUCAACUAAAUGGAAUAACACACUUUAUUAAUGUAAUAUACUUUUAAUUAAUAUAAUAUUUUAGGAUUUUAUUUAGGAUGAUGUUUGACGAUUUGCUAUUGAAUCAGCCAAUUGCUUUCUACACCUUGAAAUUUGACUGUACCUUUACAGUAUGUCUAUGGGAUGACCUGCCUUGCAAAGUUAUCGUUUUGCGUCUGUGUUCGAGACGGUGAAAUCCGCCCUGACUGACGGGUUAAAAUCAGAGAUGGCUCUCUGAGUUUGGUAUGCACCCCCCCAAACAUGCUCCAAAUGGUUAUUUUUGGUUUUAUGAUACAAGGGGUUGAGGUUAGAUAAUGAUUUAUAUGCUGCGUGAGAGAACGGGUUGCUAAGGAAUGACGGGGGCCGAUUACUGCAACUCUCUAGUUUGAAAACGCUGAUAUAUAAAAUCUGUUCAGGGUGUAAGAGCAAGAACAUGAUCAAAUCAAUGUCAUUUUGAAUCUGAACAGGCGUUUUGAAAAAGGUCACAGAACUUGCUGUCCAUUUUGCCACUUUUAAAGCCGUUAGUAUUUUCACUUUAACUGCAUGUAAAUGUAUCUUUUUUUCAAUGGGGAAAGACACUUGUGCGUGUUAAUUUUGUUUGUUUACUUUUAUAAAAAAAACAAACUUGCUGCUAGUUGUCCAUCCUUAAUUUCUUUUAAGGUUGUAAUGUCUUUAUACAUAUUGGCUUUGACAAAUACUGAGACCCAGAGAGCUCACAUCCCUUUUAUUAUUCAACAUUUUUAAGAUCAGAUUUGCAAUUAUUAAAAUAAACAAAACUUUUGUG